AUGCCUUCCUCAAGUCAGAUCAUCUCCUCGCUCGCCGCCGUUGGCAUUGCUUCUGUCAAUGCCGCCAUGGGUCCGGCGUUUAGUACUGGACCCGUGGCUGACGGCUCCUUCAUCCGAGAGUCAACCUCUACAUUGGUGCUCCCUGCCGCACCCAGCAACAACAAUGGCAUUGCCUCUCUAUGGGUUGGCAUGGGUACUUCGAAUGGAGAUCUCAUUCAAUCCAUCGCCGACAACUGGCAGUCCAGCACCUGGGAUAUCUAUGCCUAUACACUCUUAAGCACUAGCCCCACUUCGCAGAUGCCUGUGUACGGUGAUGGUUCGGCCGAUGCCACUGCCAACGAUCAGAUUACAAUGCACUACAAGUACGACGACUCCACCGCAAACUAUACGCAGACGGUCACCAAGAAUGGCGCCGUAGUCUCGACACUAUCCACCAGCGACGGACAUGCUCUCGGGUGGGGCAGCGCCAUUGAGUGUGCCGAGAAUAACUGCGGAACCAUGCCCGCGCACACCUGGAUCAACACCCAGAUCAUCAUGGACGUGGCUGAUCCCAACUACAUCAAUACACUGUACAAGGGAGCAGGCGUCACUGGUAAUCUAGUGACUGCUGAUGGAGGAAAGACUUGGACCGUGGAUACAAUCUCGAUUCCUCAAUUCACCUUCACCGGAUAA